GCCAGAAGAGCCCAGGGCUCUCCUGCUAGAAGAAAUGCUUCAGCAACGGGGAAGAGGAAGUUUAGGGACUGGCAGCGUCUUUCCCAACAGGUGUUUGUGGCUUUAAGAGAGAAGUGACUCAGCUGAACUGAGGAGGAAGAGGAAGAGAGGGGUUUGCUGCCGGGCUCUGAAUGCUCCCGUUGAGCCGUCUCCCUUUUUAAACCUACUUCCCCCCCCUCCAGCCUUGAAAAGGACUGUCCAGUUGGCCCCAAGCCCAGUUCAGAGCUAGCUCCAGCAUCACUGUUUUUCUUUCCUCCAUGGGAUUGUUUUGGGAAUGAUCCUGUGGGGAGAGAAAUACAUUUGAAAAACAUUUUUUUUUUUUUUCUUUUGGUCUGCCUGGACUGCCUAUUGUGCUGUAAUUAUUAGAGUAAUGAUGCUGAGGUCACAUUUUCCACAGAAGAAGGUUGUAGAAUGGAGAGGAGCAGAGCCCUAGGAAGGGCAGCUUGCAAGCAGAACAAAAAAAGUUGGAGAUGUUGUAGGAAGGUGGAAACCGAGGACACCUCCAGAAAGCAAGAUUAUGGGAUGGGAAGGAAUUUACGGAUGAGUCUGCUAAUGCCUAAAAAUACCCAGAGGAGGAAAAACGUUGUGCACGUCAUAGGAGAAACAGUGCUGGAUUUUAAUCUUGACUUCCUUUUCAAGAAAAUACUGACGCAGGGCCAGCUGAAGGAUUUUUUUUUAAUGCCUUAAGCUGAUGGACGUGUUGCCAUUUUAUUAUUCACUUAAUAUCCUAACCGUAACAUGUUAAGCCUGCAGAUCUGUAGAUGAAAAGCGGAGAGCAGGUGUCCCUCCAGAUUGGCAUUGGAACUGACUCCCAGCCACUUGAAACGGCACAGCAGGCAAUGAUGGGAGCUACAGUCAGGGGAGCUGUAUGUUCUCCAUCUCUGAGUCAUGCAAGGAGCAGAGCGGUGAUGGCUCUCAGCCUGAGAAGAACAUGAGCCAUGCUUCUUGGAUCCAUGUUCUGCACAUGCCAGCGAAGGAAAGACAGCCCUGUGUGGAAUGAUUCUGCACCAUGUCUGGGGCAAGGCUUCUCUUCUUCCUGCUCCUCCACCUGCUGGUGACUGGCUGGAUAAAGGGAGCGUCUGCUGACAACCGUUACCUCAGCAUCGGGGAUGGGACGGCUUCGGAAUUCAGCUUCCCCGAGCACAGCCAGGGUGUCUUGUUGGUGUCUUCCCUCUAUCCAGGGCCCAGCGCUUGGCUAAGUGUGAACUCCUUGGAGCCUACGGUGGUCAUGGUUGAGAACGUCAGUGCCUCCUGGGGAGGGGGCUUCAUGGUUGGGCUGCAAUCUGGCCUGGCCGGUCUUGCUCCGCUGCAACUACAGCUCUUGGAGGAGAACCACCUCAUUGAGGAACGAACUGAUUUCCGGAUCCGUGUCCACCCCAGCGAUCCAGAUCUGGUGGCGAAGUUGGGUCUGGGCCAUUUCUCGGAGAACCCGGUCCUCUAUGCCCUCCUGCCUUUGAUUUUCCUCAACAAAUGCGCGUUUGGCUGCAAAGUGGAAGUGGAGGCUCUACGAAGUCUUGUGCGCCAGCCCCAUCCUGUCUUGCUGGGGAUAUUGGGCCAAUUUGUGGUCAUGCCUCUUUAUGGCUACCUCAUGUCCGUGGCCUUCUCUUUGCCGACGCCACUGGCCUUGGGCCUGGUCAUUUCCUGCUCCUCCCCAGGGGGUGGAGGUGGCUACCUGUACAGCCUUCUACUAGGUGGGGACGUUACAGUGGCCAUCUCAAUGACUCUCCUGUCCACUGUAGCAGCCACUGGGCUCAUGCCACUGUCCUCAACGUUCUACGGCUGGUUGCUUGGUGCCCAUGAGACUCUCCAUGUGCCCUUCCUCAAGAUCCUUGUCACCCUCCUCUUCAUCGCAGUGCCCAUCUCGUCUGGCAUGCUGGUGAAAUGCAAGUUGCCUCGCCUCUCUCGCCUGCUCCUGGUCCUGAUUAAGCCCUUCAGCUUCACCCUCAUUAUUGGGGGGCUCUUCAUGGCUUACCACAUGGGAGCCUUCAUUCUGGCCAAUGUCCAGCCCCCCAUUGUACUGGCAGGAAUCACUGUGCCCAUCUUCGGCCUGCUGCUGGGCUACCUGCUGGCAUGGUGCUUAGGACUGCCCGGGCCGCAGUGUCGGACGGUGAGCAUUGAAGUUGGAGUGCAAAACAGCCUGCUGGCUCUGGCUGUACUGCAGCUCUCCUUCCAGCGGGCCCAAGCUGACUUUGCCUCACAGGCUCCUUUCAUUGUGGCCCUCAGCAGCACUUCAGAGAUGUUGUUGCUGGUCUUGGGGAAUUUGGCAUAUAAUAAACUCUGUUCUACCUGCUCCUGAGGGCCUCUGAGCGAGUGGAGAUGCACACCAAAGAUGUCAGACUUCGGAUGUAGCCUGCGAAGAGAGAAACUAGAGGCCUGAGGAGCAGGGUUUGGGCUUCCCCCUUGAAAAGGGGUAUGGAUACCAAGGCCUCAGCUUCUCAGUCUCUUGUGUGGUGGCUUGGAUACCAAAGAGGCCCUUCAAAGUGAUGUAACUCCCAAAGGCUGUUGUGUCGGGAGAAUCAAGCUUGUCUGGCCUUCGUUUAAGAAAAACAAAUUCUGUCUGUUUUUCUACCCAGCAAGAGGUGCCUGCGGUGCUUAGAGCUAUAGCUGUACAACCUGGGAAAUAGAAUAUGUAGGAGGAGGGAUUAACCCAUUUCUCCAUUCACAUUCAUCGGAGAUACAGGGCUGAAUAAAAGGAAGGUGGAGAUAAUA